CAAUCAAUGCCAGUUUAAGGUUACGUAUAAAAAUGCAAUUCAAAUUUGAAAUUUCAAAAACAGGGAAUUUCUUAUUUAAGUGUUAUUAAUUAAUUAUUAUUACUUUAUUGAAAUAUUUUAUAAGUUUAUAACACAUAGUAAUUUAAUUUAAAAAUAUUCAAAUUUACUACUACAGCGGUGUGCCAAAAAAUAACAUUUAUUAUUAUUUGAAUUAACUAUUAUGGGAGUAGCUGGAUCUCAUUUUACAAAGCAUAUUCGAAGGUUUAACGUAAUAGAACGGACAGAACGAGUAAUAAAGAAAGAUAAACCUAUACCAGCACCACUUCAUAAAGCAGAUGCUGAACGGCUGAAAUACCUUCUUGAAAAUGAUCCACAAUUGAAGGAAGAGCUUAAGAAUAAAAAUUCAACUCUUGGAAAAAAUUUACAAAGUGUUUAUGUUACAUCUGAAGGUGAUUUACCUGAUGUAUACCCCCAAUCAAAAAUCAAGUUACCACAAAAUCGAAUGCAAGAAUUUAAUUCACCAUUUGCAAUUGAAGAACCAAAAAAUAUUCCAGCAGGACGUUAUACACUUACACAAAUUACUGAAUGUAUAGCUGACCAUUAUAAAGAUAAACAAAUGUAUACAUCACAAGUUCUAGCUGAUCGAGUUAAAAUUGAUAAGAAAUUAAUGGAUAAUAUACUAAAAUACUAUAGGGUAUUUGAUAUGUAUGUUCCUGAAAAAAUGAUAGAAAAGAAGAAGACCUCGAGUCAAUUUUUGAUUAGUAAUGCAAUCGACAAGAUUAGACAGAACUUAGAAAUAGAUAAAUAUAAGGAAGAACGAAAACAAAUCGGUAAAGAUUAAAAUGCACCAAAAAAUAUUGUUAGUCAGGUGCUUAUUAUUACAUAAUAUGAUUUCUCUAUUGUAAAAUGUAUUAAGUUUGAUGAUAAAAGUACUUUAUUGUGAUUCUUAUGUUAUAUUUUUUAUAAAAUAUACUAUAAUAGUACUAUACAUUAUUAAAGAGAGUUCUGUAUGACAUAA